CGUCUUAUUUUCUUCUUCAGUUACCGAGUGAGUGAGUGGCCACGUAUCAGUCUCCGAAAAGCUCCCACAUCCAGGACCAGGAGGCACGAUGAGGGCGGCGGGGCGGCCCAAGAUCGGCGACAGGGCGACGAGCGACGUGGUGGUGCGGCUGCGGACGCCGGACUCGGGCCGGGACGAGUGGCUCUACUGCCACUCCGGCGUGCUCGCCGCCGGGAGCGGCUACUUCGCCGACCGCCUCUCCGACGCCUGGCCGACGUGCCAGAUCCUCGAUUCCCGCUACUGCGUCGAGGUCCACUGCCGCGACGCCGACCUCAGCUCCCACGUCACCGCGCUCCGCCUCCUCUACGCCGCCGAGCCCGUCUCCCGCUUCGGCGUCCGCGGCGCGCUCGGCCUGCUCGAGGCCGCCGCGCACCUCGCCUGCGCCCGCACCGCCGCCGCCUGCGCCGACUACCUCGAGUCCGCCCCCUGGGACGAGGCCGACGAGGAGGAGAUCCUCGCCGCCGCCCCGCGCCUCGGCGCCCACCGCGACCGCGUCCUCGCGCGCCUCCGCCCCGCCGAUCCGGGCCCCGCCACCGCCAUCUUCCUCUCCGCGUUCCGCCACGCGACGGCCGCCGCCGACCGCUCGCGGGAGCUCAAGUCCGCCGCCCAGGAGCAGCUGGAGUACAUGCUCACCGAGGACGACGACGCGCCGCUGCUCACCUUCGACGCCGUCAAGUCUCAGGUCAAGGGCUGCGUCACAGGAUUACUGAACAGGUUCAGUGAUUUCACGAGCUCCGCACUGACGAAGCAGACGGAGGCCCCUUGCUCUGGCCCCGGCGAGCUUCAGCAGGAGCUGCAUUCCUUCGUCUCCGACAUCGCCUGGGUCUGCCAGGUCCUCGGCAAGCUGGAGAUGAUGAAAUGCCUCGCAGCAUACUGGGUGGAAGCGUCGUCCGCCGUCGUCGCAGCCGUCGAGGCCGCGGCGGCGGAGUGCCACCCGGGGCCUGAAUGCCUGAAGACCAGGCUGAAGGUCGUGGAGAUAUCUGCGAAGGUGCUGGAGGCGGUCGCGUUCGGCAACGUCGUGCUCCCGGCGGAGAAGCGGCGCCACGCCGUCAACAUUUGGAUCAGAUUUGCCGGGACAACGAGGCAUCUGGUGGAUGAAGCUGACCGUGGCAGCAACGACGGCGAUGACGGUGAUGAUGGUGAUGGAGACACCGAAGCCGAAGCCGAAGCAGCGGCGGCGGCGGCCGCAAAGAUCGGCCUGGACGGCGAGGUCUGGCAGGGGCUGGAGUCGGCCAUCACCUCGAUCGUGACGACGCUGCCGUCGAACACCCAGGCCGAGGUACUGUCGGAGUGGCUUCAGUCGGAGCACGCCGCGUUCCCGGACCUGUCGGAGGCGUUCGACGCCUGGUGCUACCGGUCCAAGGUCGCGCGGAGGAGGCUGUCUUUCCUCAACAGCGCCAAUGCGGCGUCCUGAUCCCCGGCCGGCAGCAUUGCCAAACUCCAGCGGCCCGGUCGUCGCUUGCAGUGGCAGCUGCUGCCGCGCUGGCGCCGGAGUCACCGGAGAACAUCAGCAAACACCUAACCUGCGAUGUUUACCGAUUUCGCAUACCGGGAAUGGAACUUGAUGUAACCCAUUGGCCCCAGAAUGUCUCAUCAAGGAGCCAAACUUCCAUGUUGUGAACUUGUUGGCUUAGCUUGAUUGCUGUCAAGUCAUGAAAGGGACAUAGAUCAAGGUGUAGAUGUUGCUCUCAUGUUUCUUGCCUUGUUCGUUUCUUUGGGCAGGAUGCACCCAUGGAUGCUUUCUUGACGCGGUAUGUAUGUUCCAGGCAGGCCUUCCAGCAAUUGUUAACCAGCCCUACUGGACUACUGGUUGUUCUCCGCGAAA